CGGGAGAACCCGGAGGCUGGCCCGGGGCUGGCUGCAAGGCGUGGCUUGGAGGCAGGCCUCCGUAGGCUGCUCCUCGCCGCCGGUCCUCCCGGAGGUUCCCCCGCUCCCCGUGGUUUGGGGCUGCUUUCUUCUCUUCCCCGACGACGCCCCCCGUUUCGACUCAGAUCAGCCACUGGCCAUCCAGCCCGCUGGACCUCCGGCUUCGCGGGGCCCAGCCUUCGCCCAGGAGGACGAGCCGGUGAUGUGGGCGCGAGCUCCCGUGGCCCCACGCGCGAUGGGGGCGGAGGCAGGGGUGGGGCCGCGGAGUCGGGCUCGAGUUUAGGGCGCUUUCCCAACCCCUUCCCGCAUGCAGGCUGCAGGAGCUCCCCGUAACCACCCACACUCCGUGGACCUGCGGGAGCUGGAGCCGGGGAGCGGCGGGAAGGGUCCAGCGGCCUCCUCGAGCCCACCGUAGCGGAGGAAGUUUCGAGGAAAUGAAUGAAGUGACCUCAAAGUGACCCAAGAUGAGAGGAGAGGAGGCAAGGCAGAGAAGGAAAGAAGGGCAGCUGGGGAGUGAGGAGCAGCUUCUGUCCAGAGGGGAGAGCCCAGGGCAUCUCCCAGCUCAAGAUGUGCCAUGGACCUCCCAGAAGAGAUAUCCAUUCGAGAACGAAAAGCCUCUGGAAGAGACAACUUUGACCAUCUUCCUCCAGGUGCUCAUUCCAUUUGUGCUUGCAGGUGUGGGAAUGACCUUGGCUGGAAUAGUUUUGAAUUUUGUUAAGGCUAACACUGGGGUCAUUGAUAACCCUCAGGAGCAGCAAAAAAUGAUCCUUGGUAACCUCGCUUUGGUUCAGGUGCAGGCCACAGUUGUAGGGCUACUGGCUGCUCUCGUCGCCCUUGUGCUGGAAUUCAUCUCUGGACAAAAAGUUGAAUUGUCUCACAUCGGAGUCCUGUGUGCCAGCAGUGUGGUCACGGCCUUUGUGGCUGCCUUUUUCUUAGGAGUAACAAUGAUUGGUGUUAUAUUGACUGCUCGGAAGAUGGGGAUCAACCCAGACAACAUUGCCACCCCCAUUGCAGCCAUGCUUGGAGAUGUCAUAGCCCUGAGCAUUCUGGCAGUCACUAGCAGUGUCUUCUACAAAUACAUAGAAAAAUAUUACAUCUUCCUAGGGAUCUGUCUAUUCUUCUUUGCCCUGACCCCAGUGUGGAUUAUCAUAGUAAGUCAGAGCCCCAGCAUCCUCCAAGUCCUGAAGACAGGCUGGUAUCCCAUCAUCAUAUCCAUGUUCAUCAGCAGUCUGGGUGGGCUCAUCUUCAGUAAAGCCAUCAGUGAAAAGGACUUCAAAGGGAUGGCGUUCUUCACUCCAGUGGUGAAUGGUGUUGGUGGCAACCUGGUGUCUAUUCAAGUCAGCCGGAUCUCUACAUACCUGUAUUCCUGGAGUACCCUUGGAGUCCUGCCAUACACUAUGAAGAGCUUCUUGCCUAAUCCAUGCACCACUUUCUGCUCUUCAGAAAUCAACUCUGUGUCUGCCCGAGUCCUGCUGCUCCUGGUGGUCCCCGGCCACCUCAUAUUUCUCUUCAUUAUUCACCUGAAAGAGGGAAAUGAGAUCGGGCUGAAUCCUCUGUUUGUGGUGAUGUAUCUGAUUGGUUCGUUUGCCCAGGUAAAGAUUUGGGGGAAUAAGACUUGGGAAAAAGAUGUGAGGCUUGGGGAGGGGGAGAGUGGCACUACAGGCUCCGUGUGA